AAAAAGAUAGUAAAUUCGUCAGAGAAGAAACCACAGCUUCACUUGGAUUGGCCAUAAUCCCAAUUACCUUUACUUCUAAUGUAAUAAACAAUAACCACCUUAGUAAUUAUGAAUCCAUCACAAUUCCGACUAAAGUACUUGUAGAAAAAUAUGACCUCAAGAUGCCUAAUUAUAUCCUGCUUGGUAACAAUUGGUUCUAUGGACGCAAUAACCAUGGAAUCCAGAUGUAUUUACCGGAAAUAGUAACAGAUGCAAAAAAUGCUUUUGUAAGAACCACCUUACGCAUUAAGGACCUCAGUUGGAAAGUUGAUACAACUAAAGCUAAAAAGAAGCCAAGGGUUAAUGUAUCUGUUAAUAAAAGAGAUAUCCCUGCAUCUUCUGGUUCAGAUACCUCCGAUUCGAUUACUUCGGACAGCAAUUUAGAUAGUUCUUCCACAUCUAGUUCGGAAAUAGAAGCAAUACAUAAGACCGAAGGUGUAAGGAAACGCCCUAUUCUAAAGCGUAAAGUAAAAC